ACGUUACGGUUUUGGAGUAGCGGUAAUUUGUAAUGGCGACCGUGCCGGAGAUGUGCCUAGGUUUGGGAAAAUGAAGCGAAGAAGAAGUUAUUUCUAUUAAGAAAACACCGGGGUUCCCCAAAGGAGGAAUUAACGUCGAAAACAACGGCUUUCUUAGGGUUUAAGUUAUAGCUACUUUUGAACCUUUGUACCCCGAAAUGAUGAAGCUCAAGUCAAACCAAACCCGGACAUACGACGGGGAUGGCUACAAGAAACGGGCCGCCUGUCUCUGCUUCAGGAGCGAGAGUGAAGAGGAGGUGCUGCUGGUGAGUAGUAGCCGGCAUCCAGAUAAGUGGAUUGUCCCCGGUGGGGGAAUGGAGCCAGAAGAAGAGCCCAAUGUUGCUGCAGCGCGGGAAGUUUGUGAAGAGGCAGGUGUGAAGGGGACUCUGGGACGCCUGGUGGGGAUAUUUGAGAACCGGGAGAGGAAACACAGAACGUUUGUGUACGUGCUGGUGGUGACAGAGGUCCUGGAAGACUGGGAGGACUCGGUCAACAUCGGGAGGAAAAGGGAAUGGUUUAAAAUAGACGAUGCCAUCCAGGUGCUGCGGUGUCACAAGCCUGUGCAGGCCACCUACUUUGAUGCUCUUCAGCAGGGCUGUCUGACCAGCAACGGGACACCCCUGGUCACCUCCAUAGGAGGAGAUCUGUCCCCCACCUAUAACAUCAAUCAAAGCUCUGUGUCGGGUAUCAGAUAACUACAACAUCACGCCCUGGAGCCCCACGCCCUGGAGCCCCCCUCCCCCCUCUCUCUCGCUCCUACCUGUAUGGUUUUCUGUUUCUUCUUCGUUGUCUCCAUGGUAACAUGGUUUGCCUUGCCAACUCCUUUGUGCCAGAAUUGUGGCACAGACUUGAUGACAAGUGUUGGGUGAAGAUUCUGAAACUCUUUGUAAAUGUACAUGUAACCUUUCAACCCCCAUCCCCUGUUCUUUUUCUUUCUUUUUAUUGACAACUGCAUGAAUUGUUCCUCACUUCCUCUUUCUCCCUCUCCUCCACUCUUCUCUUCCUCCUAUUCUCCCUCUUUUAACACGCCCUUAGCGUGGUGGUUAUUGAAUGCAAGAACUACUUUUUACUGUUGUAAUGUAAAAGUGUAUACUUAGUGCUUAAGCUGAAGGCUUUCAGUGGUCUUUUUAAUGUCUCAUCUUUUUGGUUCUUUUCUGUGAAUGAAUGUUGCCCAUGAGUGUAUUUUUCCCUGUUGUACGGAUAGGAUAUGUUCUUUGUGUCUGAAUGGACAGACUUGUUGGAAGUGACUUCUUUUGCAUGAGCACUGUUUAUGGUUUUGGUCUCACACAUUCUGGCGACCUGAUUCUGAUUGUGAAACAGACAGUCUUUUGUGCUAAGGUCUUUGAAAUCCUCUUAAUUUUGCUCCUCAUUGUGGUUUUUGAUGUCAAGAUCUCAUUCUUUAUCUGAAGAAAAGGGGCGUCACAAUAUAAGUGUCAAGUCGACACUCCCUAAGUCUUCUUUGAUUUAGCCAAUCACUGAAUCAAAAAAAAAAGAAGAAUGUUCCCUAUAUAACUAUAAAAUGUGAGAAUAGACCGGAUAAUCUCUCCUCAGAGAACCAGUUUUUCUUACUUCAAAAUGUUCCCCUCUUAUUUGGUCCUUUAGUGGGUUCUAACUUUGGGAUUCAGUGGUGUGGAUGACGAAGUUGUCCUUCAUGUCUUAAGAUCUGAGCGUUCCUGAGGAGAACAGCGAAGACUGUCAGGACGCCAAGCACAUAUCACCUUGCAGCAGAUCAGACCUUCUCUGCUCCUCCGUCUGGUUUCAGUUGAAUAGUGGUUGUUUACAUUGCGUUCAUAACAUGUAGGCCCUAGACAGGUAUUUUAAGGUGAGUUUUUAGAGGGCACUUUUCAGUAAGGUGAAGUCGUUUUAUUUUCUAAACCUUCAUUAUUUAGUAUUUAAUCUGCAUCCCCAAAAACACUAAAAAAACACCUGAUUGACAUUGAGAAAGUAUUGGAAUAUAAAAGGAUGUCUUUGGCAAGAUGCAGAACAAACAAGCCUUGUACAGUUUGAGACCUCGUUUUUAACCGUGUAAAAUGCUUUUGGAUACUAGUUUUUUUUCUUCUCUUUGACGUCUGGCAGAAGUGUCUUUAGUCCCGCUGUGUUCUGCCUUGAUAUCUGGCAUGGAGCGCUCGGCUCAAUACUGUGAAACUGGAGGCGCUGUAGAUGGCAUGUACAACGUUUGUCUUGUAAAUUGUUUAUUUCUGUAAAGAUCAAAGGUGAGAGAAUGCAAAUGACAAAACUUUUCCUGCCACGUGUAGAUGAGCAGUUCCCAGCUGUGGUCUGGGGCGGGAGGCCUAGUCACACGGGGUGAAGACAGGGCCUUGACCUUGGUAAAUAACUUCACUGGGGUAACAGACUGGACAUCUGAGGCUUGUGUUGCAGACUGUAUGAUGUUAGGGGCCUGUUCAACAUUCACCACCAAAACCCUCUUCCAAAUCCCUUGCCCAAAUUAGCCUGCCAAGCUAGAAAUGGUUAUUGCAGACACAAAAUGUAGAUUUUAUCCUCGAGGCUUCCUGCUACAGAACCAUAACUACCAAACUGCAGUCAGGUCAUGUCAGACCACGGAGCUGUUAUUUCAGCCUGGCCUCCUGUCAGCAGGCCCCACAUCAGAGGUGUUAACCAGGCCCUCCCCUGUCACCUCUCCUGCCCAUAUCGCUACUCGCUAUGGCUUUCCAGAUAAACAACCCCUACUAGCCUAGUUUCUAAUAAUUUAUUUUGACCUGUGUUUCACCUACUUUCAUUGCCCAUCUGUUCCUGAGUUGAUGGAGUCACGGUAGAAUCAAGCCCUGCUGUGACCAUGGCUGCAGACUACAAGCCCUGCCGUAACCACAGCUGCAGACUACAACCCCUGCCGUAACCACGGCUGCAGACUACAAGCCCUGCCGUAACCACGGCUGCAGACUACAAGCCCUGCCGUAACCACGGCUGCAGACUUUGAACGUGCUUUUACUGCUUUUUAAUGGUCUCGUUAGGUGUGCAGGUCGAAGUCUUAGUUUGCGUUUCCUGGCGCCGAUGUCUAGCGGAGAUUUCAUAUUAGCCCCUUUCUGGGCCAGUAUGUGUCAGAUGUGUGAAGGCCGGCCAGCAGCCCUGAAGACAGCCGUGUGGGAUGGUCCAGAGGAGUCUCAGUCUGUACCAGGCUGGGGAGCCGGACGGCAGACACACUGUCCAAACGAAUGUGACACAACUCACGAGAAACAGCCGAUGUCUGAACAACCAUCACCACUUCCUCCCAGACCUGUCGUUUCCUUGUUUGUACUUUGUGUAUCUCUAUUUGUGUUAUUGACAUGAUGUCUUGUACUCUGGAAGGUCAGAGGCCGUCUCUUAAAAAGCUUUUGGCUUCAGUCUGAGACAGUCAGAUGUGUCUCACCCCUGUGACCUUCUACAUGCCAUGCAGGCAAGGCCUCUCCACAAACGGGCUCUGGAAAAUGAAGUAAACAUUGACGUUUUAAUGACUGUGUAAAAGGUCUACUGGGGGAACCAUUUAGAAACACCUUUUGCGAUUUUUUUCUGACAGGAUAGAACCAGCCAAGAUAUAGUUUCAGACCCAAGACAUCCUCCAAUAAGAAAGGGACUAUAUUAAGGAUUGACAAGCUGAGGUAGUCCUAAACAGCUGUUAAGUGAUGAUGGCAAUAACUUUGGUUGCAGUAUUGAACACAUGACCAUCAAAGAAUGUUUGGCACCAUCUAGUGGUCAUUAAAUGUAUGAGGCAUCAAACCACAUCACUAAACCCAAAUGAACAAAUGUUGCGAUUUGUAGCAUUUCAAGCCGUUAAAGGCCUCUGUCAAAUAUUGACAGAAUUUUCUUUAAAAUGCUUUCCGUCAGAUUGUGCUACAACUUUUGUAAUUGUGCCUGAUGUGGGAGAAACAAUUUUUGGGCAAAUUACGUUUCAAAGAGAAUGAUCUGGUGUGGAGCCUAGCUUAACCUGGGAGCUCAUGUGAUGUCAUCGUUUUCUCCAGGGUGUUUGUGUGGCUGACGAUUUCUUUUCCUUUUUGUCAUUUGGGACUGUGGAAUAAUCCAGUGAGAGAAGACAGAAGAUUGUAAUAUAAAUGUGCCAACAAGUAAACACCAGUAUUUCACA